UACUAACAAGUAUUGUGUGUGUAUCUAAAGCCUGAUAUUCUUAUUCCUCUGUUGUUGUCCAAAAACUAUGAAAAAAACACGUCAUGAGUCACAUUUUUGGCUCAAUCCCACACAUACUUUCCUGCUGCCAGAAAUACUCACAGCACCGAAAGUGGAUUCAUCCACCGCUAAAAAUAGUCCCCAACAAAUUAACUAUUUCCUCCUACAAUGGCCACAUAUUUUAGGAAUUUACUGAACCUUUUUUUAAACAUCAAACUCUAUAUUUGUGGGCUAUUUUUAAAAGUCUUCAGUAGGAACCAGGAGCUGAAAGCCACAGACAGAGUAGAGAAAGAAUAAAACAUUGUUAGUUUGACUCUGCAGGAGAUUUGUUGACAAUAAGAAAAAUAACUCCAGACAAAUGUUAGAAAGAAUGUGCCAUUGAUUUGUUAUAUUAAUGGCAAAAUGACCAUUUUCCUUUUCGUAACAUGAACUGAAUGUUCCUUUCUCUGGGUGGGGCAGUAACUCCCAUGAUGCAUCACAUUAACUCUCCACAGGAAAUCAAUUUGCUGUUAAUGUCAGCCAUGGUUUCAGUAUCAAAGGCAGCAUUUAUUACAGUUUCACUCCAACAUGCUGUCCAGUUCCUCUAACAGACAGGACCCGUAUAACUGUCCCUGGUGCUUUUUAAAAACAAACUGUUAUAACCAUUUGAACAUGAAUUCAGUCAGAGCUUUUCUUUCCAUCCCGCACUCAGAAAGCACAUCAGUUACACUUUAAAAUGAAGCCAAAACAGAGAGCAGUGUUCAAAUUAAUUAUCUAAAAAGAUAUUUAUAAUUCUAUGGAGCCUGUCAGGAGUCUAAAGGCCAUAAAAAAGGUACUGGUGUGGAAAUCUGCAUGCACAGAUUAAUAAACGACACAGAUUUUAAAAAGUAUACACAGAUUAGAUAAAAUAUAUGCAUGGCUUAUUAAUAAAACUGUAGUUUUAUUAAUCCAUGCUUAUGGUUUAAAAUAUAAGUACGCAUUAAAAUAUGUUUAUAUUAAUGAAACAUACACAUGGAUUAAUAAAAUGUAGUUAUGGAAUAAUAAAACAUACACACAGAUUAAUAAAGUGUAUGCAUGGAUUAAUAAAAUAUAUGCCUGUAUUAAUAAAUAUAUGUACAGAUAAAAAAAAAUUACACAAUAAAUUACUAAAACUAAACGUACAUACAAGUUAAAAAAAAACUUGCACACGGAUUCAUAUAAGUGUGAACAGAUGAAUAAAAUUUACACACAUAUUCAAUUACAUGUAUGCAUGAAUCAGUAAAACAAAUGUGCAGAUAAAGUUGUGUUUGCAAUUAAUUUACACAAAAAUAAUGUACUCAUGUAGACACGCAGUUUAAUAAAAUGUACACGUGGAUUAUUUAAACGUAUGGACAGAUUAAUAAACUGAGGUUUAAAGACAAUUAUGAAGUAAAACUUCUGGAAUAUACAUCUAGCAUUCACAAUGAAAGCAGGAAAUUAUAUUUCUUUUAAGAAAGUAUUGUAUUUCAGCAUUUAUACCGACUAUAUGAAAGCACAGACUAAUAACUGGUGUCAGAAAAAUGGUGAAAAUACUGCAAAUAUCCUGAAUGCUGCUCUUAAAGACUGAAAACAAGUCACAGCAUGUUAACCGUUAUUCAAAACCGUCACUGUUAAAGCACAAGAUAUAUCCCAGAAUACCUCUCCUGGCCUGUACUCCUGCAUGUCGCAGUAUUCUCACGAUUUCUCUGACUUUAAUUAUUAAUCUGUCCUUUUUUUUUAGUAGGUAAGAUUUAUUUACAAGUUAUGCUACCCUUAAAAUGAUCAAACCAACGCAGCCCUUUUAUCCUGAUUUUGGCCUCACGGUUUAUUAAUCGUUGUGCACAGAUUUCCACAUUAAUGUUUUUUCUACCUUGUGACGCGGCUCCAUAGUUUUCAGAGUAUUUGUGCCAUUGAACAGAAGUCUUCUUGAAGUACACCGGUCGAUAACGGUGAAAAUACAGUUUUUAGUUCUACAAACAUUUCUGACGGAAACAUUUGAGAGAAAUUCAAGUUUUCUGCCACAAACCGGAAAAGGACAUUUCGUUAGCUACGUUAGCUACGUUAGCUUGAGCACGAUCGUUCUUACCAACCAAAAUUCUCUGAUAUACAGUGCAGAUGUGAUACUUGAUAUUUGGUAAAGAUACCAAAUGCAUUUCUUUGAAAAAUAUAAACGGGUUGUUUCUACCCUUUACUCUCUCAAGCUGCUGUAAAACAACUUUGAACAAAAUACAGUCAGAUCAAGAUUACGAAUCACCAGACGUGCCGACUGUCAGCACUUGUAAGUUUUUUAAUUCUGACACAUUUUGCUUGGUUCCCCCCAAAAAAGUGUCUGGUCAGUCAUGUAAUCUUGUUUACUCCCUAAAGAUAGUUAGGUAGCAAAGAUAGUUAGCUAGUUAGCUCAUUAACAAAAUAGGGUUAUAUGAAGUAAAACAACUUGAAACCACUGGAAUUCACUCUGUAGUUAAAUUAGUUGAAAUUAUUUCUGCAGCUAACACUUUAUAUUAGAGGUAAAUUAAAUGUGACAGAGGAUGCUAGUUUGUCAGGGGAGAAACAAUCAGGUAGAGACAAACUCUAAAUUCAAGCUAGCCAUGCUAACCUUCAGUCAGUAAGUUAGCUAGCUUACUGACCUUUUAACACCAUGAACGUCGUGUUGAUUAAUGAAUAUUAGUGCCAUUCAUAUUUAUAUUUGACCAGCGUUCCUUUUUUCCAGUUAUCAAACCUUUGCAAAGUUCUGUAAAAACUGUUUCUUUGGCUCUGCUCAUUGAUGUUUAACUCAAUCAGUCAAAUGAUUUCUGCCUCUGAGAAAUGUUUGUCAAACUAAAACUUGUUUAAUUCUGAUUGCUGGCAGAAGCUUAAUGAAAAUUGGUGCGGUCUGUGAUUUAAUGGGAAACUUCUGCCUGCCAUUUCCUGUUACAAAUCUCUAGAUGAUGUGAAACUGAACCCUGCUUUCAGUCAGUGAUGUUAAUCUCCAGAUAACUGCCUUACUGUUGAUCAGAUGCCAAAAAUCUUUGUGUGACGCUUCAGAUUUUGCACUUAAUGUGUCUUUACAUUUCCUGUAAUGUAAAGCUGCACAGCGACAGAAUGAAGGAUUCAUAUCUAAGUGGAUUAAAAUCUAAUGAAGAAUGCAGACUCUGGCCAUGUAGAAGUUAUGUUUACUGGAGAAAUUAUAAUGGAUUUAAAUACAGAUUAUAAUCUAACUUCUGGUGCAUCCCUUGAGACCCCUACACACCCUGUGAUAGCAGCGGCUAACAGGUUCAUUGCAAGUCGCACUGUGAGAUGGAUCUAAAAUAAGCGUGUCACACCACAAUGAAAUGGACCCACGGAAAACUGAAGCCAAUGUGCAUAAAUGAUUUUUAAAGAAAUAUUUUUUUAGAAGUCGUAAUCCAAAAGAGACCAGAGGGCAGAACUUCAAAAGAACACGUAGUUCAUUUGAACGUAGAUGAUGUAACCUGAUCCUAAACAAUGCUGACGUUGUCACGCUGUCUUGCUAACAAGCUAACGUUACCGUAAGGCAGCCGCAGGUUAAAUAUCAGCAACAGCCGUAACUUUAUCCACCAUUUUCUCACGCAUUAACCCAGAGGGUUUGGUUUCAUGACUCCAUAUUUACAACAACAGGCUUGUUUACUGGGAGGCUGAUGUGUAUUCUAUGAAUGCCCCCUCUAGGACCUGGUUAGACUGGAUUUAAUUUAGACAUGACCUGAUUUGGGUCCCAUAUCGUGGACCACAUAUGUGACCUCAAACCUUUGGGGGAGAAAUACAAAUGUUUGUUUUUUUGAACUUGUUAUCCGGUGGUUCGUAUCUUCCAAGGUGUUUUCGUGAUUGCUUGGGUGGUUACGGUCCGCCGGGGAUGAAAACGUUUUUAUCCGGUGGUGAAACCAACGUUUAAAUCCAGUAUUUCCAGAGUGGAUGUAGCGCACAGCUACGAGGAGAACAGUGGAGCCAUGUUUGUAGUUCUGUUCCUGAAAAUCUGGGCACCGUUUGUGGAAAUACUGGAUUUAAAUGUUGGUUUUAUCCCAAGAAAAAUGUUGCCUUAUAACAGGUAAGAAAAUAACGUUUGUAUCUUCCCCAGAAGGUUUGUGCUGAGAAACCUGUGUGACUGAAUCGCGGUUUGUACCAUUUGGUCUUAAAUUUCUAACACAAAGCUCUAAAUUAACAGCGACGGUCAGUGAACGUAUCUCACAGUGCGAUCUCGAACAACCGUUUUGGACUGAUGACCAAAACAUUUCUCCACAUUUCUCUCACGAUUGCCAACUUUUGUCUUUGACAGCCGUAAAAAAAUCACACAGUGUGUCGGUGUCUUCAUGGUGUUGUAGUCACAAUAAUUCAACUGCUGUUAUGUUAUGUAAAGUAAUAUAUUGCUGCAUUUCACUUUCUGAUAUUGUUUUUAAUUUUCCAUGAUGGUCCAAGAUGAUCACAUGCUGUGUAUUUGCUGCUUCACUGUACUGUAUUUUUAUUUUGAGUCUGGACCAGUUUAACAUAUUGAAGCUUUAUUUCCAUUAAAGAUGCACUGAUAAAACUUCUUAAACGCCGAUACCAUGUCAGACGACUUAAAUGAACCCAUCUGAUGUUAACGAAUAUCAGGAUUUGAAGCACUGGACACAAAUAAUUGAGAUAUUUGAGAUUUAGUCAGCGUGCUUUGAUUUAGUUUCAAGGUUUUCUAUUUCAAUAUUGUUGAACUUUUGAUAUAAAUGCCAUGUUUUUCCAUCAAAAUCUGCCUAGUGUCCAAAUGUUGGUAUCGAUUUUGGAUAUUUUUUUUUUUUUAUUGGUGCAUCCUUUACUUUUUGAACCUAAAGCUGGGUUGUAUAUUGCUGCCUGGAAGUUUUGCACGGACCCUGAAUGAAUUUUUUGUUGUUGUUGAACAGAAUCUGUCGGUCUGACCCCUUUUUAGGUGUCGAUUUCCAGAAAGAGAUUUAAAGUUGCUGCAACUGUUAAGGGUUCAGUGUGCUUGAAUAACUCGGUCAUAUGAAGUGUUGUCUGAACACAUUGUUCCGAAUGUCCAAACUGGAAGGCAGGAUGAAGAACCUGCUGUUGUAUCUAAAGUUGUGGUCUUCGCAGGUUUCAGACACUGUUUACAAUCCAACAAGAACCUGGUUUGAAGCACACUGACCCCUUGAACCGCUAACAUCAUCUUCAUUCUGGCUCCGGGCCAAACAAAACCAGACUGUUUACAUUAUUUAUUUGAGCACGUAUGUAUUUUCUGAUGCUAAUGAUUCUAUUCUCACUGAUGCUAAGUGACCUGAUGUAUAAUAUAAGGCUUUGUGUCCACUGGGAGAUUUGCUGGUGAUUGAUCUUUUAGUUUUAUAGCCUUUAUUCAGGACCUUCAUACGACGGAUCACCGUCCCGGUCGGACGUUUCAGUCAGUCAGGAGAUCGUAAAGUUAGUUUUGGAAGAUUGAAAAUACAAACUGAGCAGGAAGUCUGCAAAACUUUAUUGAACAAUGCAGAAGAAGAGAAUAUCAGAUGAAAGCCUGCAUGUGCAAAACAGCUCUAGAAUUAUUAAAAAACAAAUAUUGUGUCUAAAAAUACAGUAUAAAAAUAGUUCAAAGUAAUUUAUAAGAACAAAUUGACAAAAUAUCAAAUGUGCUUCACAAUUUAACAAGUUGAAGCAGUAAAAAACAAAACAAGAGUAAUAUUGUUUCUCACGAGAAGUAGAAAUAUCUAUUACAAAUGAGGCUAACUAUUAAUAGCUAGCUUACAUUGUAAUGGUCUUUCUUGUUAACUAAGAAACCUGAUUUACUAUUUUCUAUUAAAAUCAAUACACACACUGUAAAAUCAAAGACGGAGCAGCAUUUCGUUCGUAAUUUCAGACCUUUCCCAGUCGAGGUAAUUCCUGUUUCUGACACUUUACAGCCUCCUGACGUAGUUUUUUUUUAAAGUGUCUUUUAAUGAUUAAUUGAUAAUGAUUGGCCACCUUGUUUGUAUUUUCAAUGUUCUUCCUGUAAGACAUUUUACAAACUCCUGAGUGAGUGAAACGUCCGGACUUGGUGAGAUUCUCAGGUGGUUUGUGGUGUUACGGUGCUUGAUGAGCUAAAACAUGAAAAAAACAACAGUAUGGUCCUUUAAACAGGACGAGCCCAGUGGAUUCUGACACCCUGAUAGUUUUGAUUAUUUAAGGCUUCCUCCAAAGUGCCUUCUUGUAACGAUGGUGUAUAAAGGGACCCGUUAGCCUGCUAGCUGCAAGCUAACGGGCCAACAUGAAGAGGUUUGUGCUGGUGGGGUGGAGAAAUGAAGUGAUUUUAUUAUAUUUUAGAAGAAAAGAUGUCCACAGUCUUAUAAGUCACAUCACAAAGAGCUCACAUGACUUGUGUUGUUUUUCUACAUUUUUUUAAAAGUGUGUUUAAACUACAAGUUGUGAUUUGUUGCAUGUUGUAAAUUAAAGGCUCAUUGCACCAUUCCUAUCUCACGCUAAUUUCAAGUAUGUGCUGAAUGCAACUAAUGCUAAAAACAUCUCAUCUCAUUUUUUUUUUAAUCCAUGGAGAUGUGAACAAAAAAUAAGUAUUACUAAUAAAGAUACUGAACGUAACACAAACAAAUAUUAGACAUAAAAAGUUCAGGCAACUUAUUUGCAUUAAUGAUCCUGCUGCCCAGAAUUAUAAGAUCAUAUAAACAAUUGAUGCUGUGCAGCAAACUUAACUGAAAGUUGUUAACGUUGUAAAUUAUUAAGGUAUUACACAUGAUACAAUUAAUGCAUAUUUUAAAACAUUAAAUUAAUGGACUCAUCUCUACUUUUUAAUUUCCUUUAAUAAAAAAAUAACGCCUGUUUUUGAAAAUUUCACACUGAAACCAUUUAGAUCCAAAAGAACAUUUUUAUACAUUUAGAUAAAAUGUUGACACUCUGACAUCUGUAACUAUUCUGGUUUCUGGCCAUUUCGCCAUUUAUACACAUGAUUUGCUGCUCAAUGCUGAACUCUGAAUGGUUAUUUUAUUGUAAUAAAGAAGUUAUAGGUAAGCUUCUCAUCUUAUAUUUUGUACAUUCUGAAAGAGGAUCUUAAUUGUAUCAAAGCUUUACAUCUUCCAACAAGCGAUAAGAAAAUCUUUCUUAUUUUCUGAUGCUAAUGAUGCUGUUUUCACUGAUGCUAAGUGACCGGAGAUCUUUAGUUUGAUAGCUAAUUAGACUUUAUUAUUAUUAAUCACCGUCCUGGUCGGACAUUUCAGUCAUUCGGGAGUUCAAAAACUUAGUUGCAGUUGGUUGAAAAUACAAAGUAUUGGGAGCUCCUUCAAUCUAAUUGUAGUAAUAAUAAUAAUAAUAAUAAUAAUGAUAAUAAUGUUUAUUUGUAUAGCACAAAACCAGCAUUACAAAGCGCUUCACAACGAACACAUAAAACACAAUAAAAUACAGUCACAUGUGAAUAAACAGGCAGAGAUAAAAUGUAAAAACAAUGAGUGAAUUAAAACUUGAAAUAGAGCAAUGCAAGACUUAAAUAUAACAUCAAGAAUAAAAUAUAAUGUAACACAAUAGUUAAAAGUAAAACUAAACAUAAAAAUAAAAGAAUGAUAAAGCCUUUUGAUAAAAAUAAGAAGAUACUUUAAGCUCGCCCUUACAUGUCUCUCAACUUUUCAGAAAUUAUUUCUUCCUGUUUAAAAAGUUUAACUUUAGAGUGAAGUAACCCAGCUGAGUAGGUCACUGUGGGUUAGUUUCUGGGUCACUACUGAUCAAAUAGAUUCAACUUUACCUGAAAUGAAUUUUAAUAUUUCUUUAAAAAAACACAUUUUUAACUCAUGAGGACCAAAGUUUAAUCAACAGCAUACAAGAAGAACUCACAAUCAACUGCAGAUUUACAUACAUUAAAAAAAGUAGAGGUCCUAUGAUUGAUCCCUGUGGAACACCGCAUGCCACCACUCCUGCAUCUGAUAAGGUAAUAUUUCUAUAUACAUACUGAAUAUGAGGUAUUUUAAAAAAAGUAUAAAAAAUAUCCCUUUUAUAAGAGACAAAUCCAACUGUAGUAGUUACUGACUGUGUUUCUACCAUCACAGAUGUUUUAACCACAGAAGAAGAACAGCGAGAGUCGAGCAGCGUUUUGUGGCCUCUGAUGGUCGGAGUGGAAAUCCUCAACCUUCACAGCUGAAGUGCAUUUAUCAGAAACAGCUGCUGCAGGUCUGAGCUGUAAAUGAAUCAGCUGUUUGUGAGACGUCAUCAGAGGUCAUGACGUCAUUCAACCCGUUAAAACCCCGUUGAAUCAGAAGAGCGAGCACGUGACCUCAGAGGGAUGAGUUCGUCUCCAUGGAAACGGGAUCAAACACGGAAGUUCUCCACCUUAGUCUCCUGCAGUCCGCAGGUCAGCUGACAGGUCAGAUGCCCAAGUUUCAGGAGGUGGAGUCAGGCCAGGCUCCGCCCCCUGGCAACGGCCUGGUUGCUAAGCGAUACAGCAUCCUGCGGAGUCUGGGCCGGGGGAGUUUUGGUUCAGUUUAUCUGGUUCAAGACACCAAAGCUACAGACGAAGAAGAAGAGCUGAAGGUGUUGAAGCAGAUUCCUCUGGGUGACCUUCGACCUGACGAGACGGUGCGAGCCACUCAGGAAGCCCAGCUGCUGUCUCAGCUGCAGCAUCCGGCCAUCCUCACCUUCUACCACAGCUUCCUGGAGAGAGACGCCUUCUGCAUCAUCACCGAGUUCUGCCAGGAUCGGGAUCUGGACUGUAAGCUGGAGGAGGUGAGACGAGCCGGGCGGAGCCUCCCCGAAACCCAGGUCAUCGAUUGGCUCGUCCAGCUGCUGCUCGGCCUUCACUACAUGCAUGACAGGCGGAUCCUCCACCGAGAUCUGAAGGCCAAGAACGUCUUCCUGAAACGAAACCUCGUUAAGAUCGGUGACUUCGGCGUUUCCUGCCUGCUGAUGGGAUCAUGUGACCUGGCCACCACCUUCACUGGGACGCCGUACUACAUGAGCCCCGAAGUGCUGAACCACCAUGGAUACGACUCCAAGUCUGACAUCUGUAAGUCAGUCGUUCUCCAGGAUGGUGACCCAGGUGACCCCGGUGACCCCGGUGACCCCGGUGACCCCGGUGACCCCUCUGACCAGCCUCUCUGUGUUAGGAAUGACAUGAUCUGUACAUACAAGGCUCUGGGCUGCCUCCUCUAUGAGAUGUGCUGUCUGACUCACGCCUUCCAGGGUCCAAACUUCCUGUCGGUGGUGAUGAAGAUCGUGGAGGGAGAAACCCCGACGCUGCCGGCUGCGUUCUCCGCAGACCUGAACUCUGUCAUGCAGAGGAUGCUGCAGAAACAACCUUCAUCCAGACCGUCAGCAGCAGAACUUCUCAAGACCAAGUUCAUGGAAGAAAACAUGCAGAAGAUGAAGAAUCGUUUUCUCUUUGUGUCAUCUGGAGGAGAGGAAGAUGCUGAACUCAUCGCCAAGAACAUGCAGACGAAGGUUCACCUGCAGACGCUGAGGGAGAGGUCAGAGGUCGAGAAGAUGACGCCAAGAGAGAGAAUGAGACUCCGAAAACUGCAAACUGCCGAUGAGACGGCGAAGAGACUGAGGAAGCUGGCCGAGGAGAAGUACGAGGAGAUCAACACCCGCAGGAGAGAACUGAGGAGACGCCAUUUUGAAAAAGUCAGUCUGGAUGUUCUGAAUGAAAGCAGAGAGGACGGCACCUGUCAGAGUCAGCCAAUCAGCAGCCAGGAUCACUGGUCACCAGGAACGUCGCAGCCAAUCGAGACGCAGGAUGACAGCAGGACGUCAGAGCUGCACGAUAUCCCAGAGGAUCCGCAGGCUGCAGAGUUUUAUUACUAUCAGGACGGAUUCGACUCGUGUUCGGAGGACGAGGAAACACCAGCAGAGACUCUUUACCUGUCCGACCCACAGGUCAGUGACCUGGAGGCCAUGAUGAAGCACAUGCAGAAAGUUCUGGAAGAGGAUGUGAGUGGAGACCCACCAGAGCCUGAGACCCCUCAGACCCCUCAGAGCCCUCAGACCCCUCAGGGGCCCCCGAUGAUCAACAGCGGCCUGCUGGAGACCAGAAUCCACCGUCUGAGAGAGUCUGUCGGUCGUCGGCUGGGUUCAGACGUCUUCCAAAAGCUUUAUGAGAACCUGAAGGAAGCCAGGAGGCUGCAGCAGGACAGGGGGGACAGGGAGGACAGGGAGGACGGGGAGGACAGGGAGGACUGGGAGGACAGGAAGGACUGGGAGGACGGGGAGGACAGGGAGGACUGGGAGGACGGGGAGAGCAGGGAGGACGGGGAGGACAGGGAGGACGACGUCACAGAGGCUGCGAGCCGUCUGGUGGACGAACCUGAAGACGGUUUCCAGGUGGACCAGCUGCUGUUCUAUGAAGAAGAGCUGCAGAGAGUGAGACAGCUGCAGGACGACAGACCACCUGUCUGA